AUGGGAUCAUCAGGCUCAAAACCAGUGCAACAAGCAGCACCAACACCAAAUCCAGAACUGGAUAAACCAUGGAGGAAAUUUGACUGGGGACAAAAAGAAGCCCUAAAAGAAAAGCUGGAAAACUUCUCACCGAGAUCUCAAGAUGUAAAGGACAUCAAGAUUCUGGUAGCUGGACAAAUUGGAGCAGGAAAGUCCAGCUUUAUUAACUCCAUCAAUAGUGCCUUUCAAGGACGGAUCUCCGCUAGAGCGCUAGUGAAUUCAUCUGCUGGUGGUAGUCAUAGUUUCACAAGAAAUCUCAAAGGAUUCACCAUCAGAAAUGAGACAAAAUCUUUGCCGUUCGUCUUCAAGGACGUAAUGGGCUUAGAAGCUGAUGCAUUGGCUGGGUCAAAAACAGAGGACAUCAUCAAUGCUGUAUUUGGCCACGUGAAUGACGGCUAUAAAUUCAAUGAGGAGCAGGCACUCACUCAUAAGGAUCAACAUUACACCGAUAACCCUACCCUCUCCGAUCAGAUUUUCUGCCUGGUGUACGUCGUAGCCGCAAAUGCAGUCCAAUUCACAGAUGAUAAACUUAUUGACAAGUUGAAGAUCAUCCGCCAGGCAAUCAGUGAUAAGGGGAUUCCUCAAGUGAUUGUCAUGACCAAAGUGGAUGAAGCAUGUCCACUGGUCAACAAGGAUCUAAGGAAGAUCUACACUAGCAAGAAGAUCAAAGAGAAGAUUCAUAUGUGCAGUGAAAAAAUUGGUGUGCCAUUGACAAACAUCUUCCCAGUGAAGAACUACCAUGAUGAGAUUGACACAGAGGAUGACAUUGAUGCUCUGAUACUAAAGGCACUUGAACAGAUUGUUUAUAAUGCCAAUGAUAGAUUGGUGGACAAUGAAAGCUACUGACAAAAAUCAAGCGUAUAGCAUCAGUUCUGGCUAGUCAUGGUAGUCAAGCUCACAUCAGCUGACUC